AUGACAGCAUCAGUCGACAAUAUGCAGGCUUCCAAUGCCGCUGACUCUGAGAAAGCUCAACCAGAAAGCAAUGUACAGAUACAAAGUAAGCCUUCAAACAAGCGCAAGCUCCUCAUCAUCCUCGCAGCCUUUAUGCUCAACUUCUCCGGUUGUGGUCUCUUAUUCAGCUUCGGUCUAUAUCAAUCUCUUUAUGAAGACAUGGCGCGAAAGGAGGAUAACCCAUUCACCGGUGCUUCAUCGGCCGAGAUCUCGCUGAUCGGGAGCAUCGCUGCUGCUAUGAUGAAACUUGGUGCACCAUAUGUCGUCGCAUGGUGCAAGUACUUCAGCCCUCAAAGAGUUGUGUUUGUGGGAGGAAUCGUGUAUGGUGUUGCCAGCGUGUUGGCCAGUUUUGGUAAAGAACUUUGGCAUUUCCAAACUUACACAAGGGUUCUUGGUUGGCAUUGGCACCUGUCUGUCCUUUAUGCCAUCUAUGGCAAUUCCACCAGCUUGGUUUGGAAAAUACCGUGGUCUCAACAUGGGGAUCAUCUCAGCUGGAACUGGUAUUGGAGGUCUCGUUGUAUUUGCACCGCUCUGAUCUGUGCCUCUGGUUCUGUUCUCAGCUGGGAGCCAAAGAUGGCCGCUAAUUUUCAUGAAGAUAACCUAAAGCAUUCUUGGGUAUCUGGCUCUCUCAAAGUUCCUCUUCCACCUCGGAAAAUCGUUUGCACACGAAAAUUUGUCGCCCAGAGUCUUAAUGCCAUUUUCCAGAGUGCGGCAUACUACACUCCCAUUUUCUAUAUCGCCGCCUAUUCGAAAACCCUGGGAUAUAGCGACUCAGACGGCUCGAACUUUACUGCACUAAGCAAUGCUUGCAAUGCUAUCGGAAAAGUUGGAGUUGGUUUUGUUGCAGACAAAAUUGGAAGACUAGACUCCUUCUUUUUGACCACACUUCUGAGUUCCGUGUCAACUGCUGGUCUGUGGAUUCCAAGCACUCUUCUUGGUGCUACGAACGAAACUUCAGGGAAGGGUCUUUUUAUAGGCUCCACCGUUCUCUAUGGCCUCUUUGCAAGUGCAAACAUCGGCUUGUUCUCGCCUGCCUUAGUGGAGCUUUUUGGAUUAGAGGAUAUGCCCCGAAUGACGGGGAUCAUGUACUCCUUGCAGGGAGCGGCUGGAUUUGUUGGAACACCUGUCGCCGGUGUUCUUGUUAAGUCUGCAGGAAGCCUCUCGUCCGAGAACUACCUCUAUAUGGCGGUUUUCGUGGGGACAUUAAUGGUUGCAUCAACUGUGACUGUACUUUGGGCCCGAGUGGAGUUCAUGUUAGAGCGCAUCGAGGGACAGAAAAAAUGGCUUUGGAGAUUAUAA